CCCCAUUUUAAUGAAAUUAUUAAUAAUUGGUGUAAAUGUGUUGAUAGUAUUUUUAACGCAAACAGGUUCAAAAUGCUCGCGAAAUUAUGAAACUUUAUUUUUCUUACCAUGAUAAAAGUAAUUAGUAAUAGGAACAUUGUGACGAAAUUAUGUCUGCCGUCGUUCAAUUGACAUGAAUCAUCCCGAGACCCUCGAACAGUGUGCGCGGGACUCGGCUAUGGAACGCACUGUAAUAUCUUUUCUGCACUGAAAAGAGUGAUUAAUCAGUUAUCGUUAAAGUAAUCCAUAAAGUUUUACUUACUAAAGAGUUUAAUAAGCGUGUGUAACGUAAGACGUCAAAUGGCGUAAGCGCAGCAUUUUGUCCAUAACACGUCCAGAAAUAUAUUUUUAUUCACCCGGCCUUGAUUCAUGUUCCCGCGCUACUCAAUGGUGUGAAGUUUUAAGAUAUCGCUGAUGUGAAAGUGUCGUUUGAUUCAUCGUUGUGUGGCUGUCUGUUUUGGAAUUGUCGACCAUUUACCAAAAUGAGCAAAGGCGGAGAGCUACGCCAUGAAUUAGAACGUGUAAUAAGUGAAAGAGAUAGGUUAUUAGCGGAGAGUUCGGAACUGGGCGCUGACAAAGCGACAAGGGAGUCGGAACGAGCCGCCCUCAGAGCUGAGCUCAGGGAGGCCAGGCAGAGAGAGCAGAGGUUACUUCUAGACAUUGGCGAUUUGGAAGACGAAAAUAUAUCCCUACAGAAACAAGUUUCCGCUCUACGAUCCUCGCAAGUCGAAUUUGAAGGCUUAAAACAUGAAGUUAGACAAUUGCGUGAAGAAGCAGAGAACGCCCGUGCGGCGGCAGAAGAGAUGGCUGCACUCAGACGUAUCGCCGAGCGGCAGCUGGCCGAAGCGCUCGAAGCGCUGCAGGCGGAGAGAGAAGCCAAGUUCGCCGCCAAGAAGGAACUCGACGCCCACCUUAGCAGAGAAGCAGCUUAUAAUAUCACGAAUCUGGCGUACAGUAUACGAGGUAUGCCGGACGACGGAGGCGACGAGGAAGGCGAAGCGGGCGGCUCCGGCGGCGCAGACCUGGCCGUGGACCAUCACGCCGACCUCUUCUCGGAGGUGCACCUGCACGAGAUAUCGAGACUCGAGAAGCAGCUGGAGCAGGCCCACAACGAGAACGGUCAACUCUCGUCUUCUCUACGCACUGCGCAGACGACGGCGGAAACCGAGAGCGCGGCCGCGACGGCCCUGAGGACCGGCCUCGUGCGCCUCGCCUCGAGGCUCAGCGCCCUGCGGCACUUGCACGGCGAGUGCGGGCCUCUCGACGAAGAGAAGAGCGAGGGCGGCGUGAGCGCUCGGGCGGCGAAAUGGCUGACGUGGUGGCGCGUGUCGGGCGGCGAGGUGGGAGCGCUCAGCGACUCGUUGGCCGAGCUGAUGGCCGCGCAGAUCGCGGCGGACGCCUCGCCGGCCGCUCUGCAGCGCCAGGCGCUGGCCCAGCUCAGCGAUCGCGUGGCCGAAGCCGAGCUGCGCUGCUCCGCGCUGCAGGCCGAGGCGGAGCUGAUGAGAACCAUCGCGGGAGGAGCGGGCCGCGCGCUCGCGUCGGCGGCGCCCGCCCUCACGUCGGCCGCCGAGACGCUGGCGCAGCUCUACCACCACGUGUGCGCCGUCAACGGCACCCAGCCCGAGAGGCUGCUACUGGAGCACGCGCACCAGACGGACGGUCCCAACGCCGAGGGUCGGGGCGUCGACGAGGAGGCUCUGGCGCUGGCGGCCGGGGAAUUGGAAGGUCUCCGGGCCGCCGGCAGCGUGGCCAGAUACGCCGACACGCUGCUGGAUCAGCUCACGCAUCUCCGAGCGGCGCUCGACACGGCGCUCGACUCCAGGCAUAGGCAUCAACCCGUGAUGGAAGCCGAAGAGCGCGGGGCGGAAUUGGCAGAGCUCCAAGAGCAAGUGAUCAAACUGAAGUCCCUGUUGUCGACGAAACGCGAGCAGAUCGCGACCCUGCGAACCGUUCUCAAGUCCAACAAAAACACGGCCGAAGUGGCCCUCGCCAACCUCAAGUCCAAGUACGAGACGGAGAAGACCAUCGUCACGGAGACCAUGCUCAAGCUGAGAAACGAGCUGAGGCUGCUCAAGGAGGACGCGGCGACUUUCUCAAGUCUACGCGCCAUGUUCGCGGCGCGAUGCGAAGAGUACGUGACCCAAGUGGACGAGCUGACGCAGGCCCUCACCAGCGCCGAGGAGGAGAAGAAGACCCUCAACCAGCUCCUGCGCCUCGCCGUCCAGCAGAAGCUCUCUCUCACGCAGAGGCUGGAGGAGCUCGAGGUGGACCGCGAGAUGCGCACGCGCCGCGUGCCCAAGGCGGGCGGGCCGGCCCGGGCGCGCCCUCGAGACUUCUAGCGCAUCCUUCGCGCGCUCAAGGCGGCCGCUGCGGCCCUCCGCCAGCUGCUGCAGCACAGCCCGGCGCCCUGAGCCUGCCCCCGCCGAGACCCUCGGGGACCUAUCCCUCGCUCGACAUUCGAGUCGGUUCUUCCCUUUCGGUCGUCACGUUUCCACUUUACGUGUUUAUCCGGGACCGACCGGAGGCCGGCGAUCUCUCGCUCGAUGCGCGAAUUUAUUUAGGACGUUACGACACUUUUUUACUAUAGCUCUAGAGGAUAAAUUAUUUGUACGUUUUGUAAUACCUAGUUAGCCUUAGGAGUGAGCGCGGAGGGCGCGGUCGCGGUGACGUCGCGCCGAACGCUUCCGGAACCGUCAAACUGUGCGGGCGCGACGUCACCGGCGAGUGAGACUCGCGAUCGCGCCCUCGACCGGUCGACGCGACUCGCGCUCCGCCCCGGAGAGAGACUCCGGCUCGGUCGGCCUCGCGCGUCCCCAUAUCCCCGCCCAAUAUUUUCAUAUCGAAUUUCCCUAAAUAUAUUUUGCCCGCAAAUCGUAUCGAACGCUCGACGGCUAUUUUCGUAUCGCGAUCGAUGUAUUUUUUAUCGAACCUUUAUUCGCCGUUAUCCCGCGCCCUUCGCGAAUUCUCUAUUUACCGCGUCGACUCGACGCAGACCGUGCGAAGUUAUUUUUAUUAUAUUAAUAUACAUAUUUAUAAGAGUCGUAUGUGUAAAUAUAGUACCUCUAAUCGUUAAAGAGUCUUCAGAACGUCCAGAACGCGAACCGAACGAUCGGUGUCCACCCGUUGCGCAAAGAGACCGUGAAUUCUGUUGUUCGUUCGUCGUUGCGUCGUUGAGUUGUGGCCCUCCGCCGUCUAUUCUCGUCCAUCUCGUUCUAGUUGUAUUCGUAGUGUUUCCGUCGUCUCGUCGAUGGCCGCGUCGGCCGCGGAGUUCCCGCGGGAGCUCGGCGGCGGCGCGGCGCAGUCUCUGCCGUCCCGUGGCCUCGGCCACUCGCGUCCAAUCUUGUCCACAGCCGGUCGACCCUCACCGUCGUCCCUCGCGGCUCUCUCCCUCGGCCCGACGCGGUGCGAGUGUCGCUCAAACUUUGCUCACGAGGGUCGGCCGGCGUCGUAUUGAUAAGGCAAAAUUUACAAAAUAUUUAUUAAAAGUUACGAUUUUAUUAUUGUUUACGUUAUUGGAUGUGAUCGGUAGUGCAGCUUUUCGUGUUAGGAUUCGGUGGUAGUGUUUCUCUCCUAGUGUCCGUUCGUAGCCGGUUGAACCGUAGUUGUAGGCUUAGAGGUAACCUUCGAGUGUACUCGGUAGAUUAACGUUUCUGAGAUGUCUCUCGUCGUAGUGUAAUUGUUUUUAGCUCGACGGCGUCGGCGGCCGAAGCGGAGCGGCCGCUGCGCGAGGACCGUGUCUUGCAUUUAUUGUUUUUAGAACGUAUUAUCACUAGCUUACAUUACUGUAGAUCAUUUUCUUCGCGUACUUAACGAUGAACUUUACCAUUUAUAGAAUUAGUAUUUUCUCUAGUAUUAUUUUCGUAGGCCGGCAGCAGACGUCGCGAACGCAUCGUCCGUGUCUAGUCAGCACUGUUCGGUUCGUUGCGAUCCAAAUGAAUUAUCUUUUUUGAUUUCGUAGGUUGUUUGUUAUUCACGUCCACUUUACACUUUGUUCGUGUUAUACAUUAGUAUUAGCUAUAUAUACGUUUUUUGACAUGCAUAAUAUUUACCUUUAUUUAUUGUUAACCUGUUUAGGGACCUUUGACUGCGUGUCUGCCGGACAUGCUCGUACGCAAAAGGAAGCUGUCUCGCUCGGUGUCUUGGAGCGAUUAACCAAAUAUUAUUUUCCUUAUACAAUUUAUAUACUUUAGUUAUUUACUCGUUUUGCGUAGGCGUAAAUAUGAUUUUUAUCUCACAGAUAGGAAUAUUACUUCUUUAUUUAUAUUAAAGUAUAUGAAAUGCCUGCUACUUAUUGUAUCGUGACAUGAUUUUCGUAAUCGACAACUCGCAUGAAUGUUCCCUCACUGCGUCGUCGCUUCUAUUUGUCAAUUACUAUUACUUUGUCUCGAGAUGCACAGUUUGAUGGUUCACUGUAAAGUUUAUUUCGUUUUAUCGUAAAGGUGGCCGAUUAACUUUUUGAAACAUGUCUGCGUGUGUCGGAACAGAGCUCUACUCGCGUGGUGAAACUUUGUCGAUGUAUUAGGUAAAGCACAUUCUCAGAGAAACAGAUGAACCAGCACCGGGAACAUAUCAUGAAAGAGCGUAUUUUGAAACGAACGCGCGUCGCGUUGUCGCUUGACUGAUGUGAAAUCAUGUAUCAAAUAAAUUAUUAUAUUUACAA